AGAAUGAGGCCCAAAAUUAUGAUUUUAAAGUAUCGAGCUGUGUAGAGCGCGUGACGAAAUGAUCGGAUGUGCAAGAUGCUGUGGCUACAACUUCUUAAUAAGCAAGUAACAAAAGUAUUGCUUUUCUACGUAUUUGUGUAGCUAACUUUGCUUGAUGUUUGUCGCGCGCUUUAUUGACGCUCGUGAACGUCUUGGGCCGUAGUGAUGACGUAGUCAGCUCAGUUCUCCUAAUGGCUCUCGAAGUGAGAACACAGAGCUCUGGAGGGAGGUAGUAUUCGGACACGGUCUCGGAGCCUCAGACUAACCGCUCUCCGCAUGUACCUGAGGCUUUGCACCAGGCUAUUUUCAGCGAUGGCUGGACCCAGGCCAGUGGUGUUCAGCGGCCCGUCGGGGGCAGGAAAAAGCACUUUGCUGAAAAAGCUAAUGAAAGAAUAUGAGAAUGUCUUUGGCUUCAGCGUUUCCCACACAACAAGAAAACCUCGUCCUGGAGAAGAGAACGGCAAAGAUUAUCACUUUGUAACACGGGAGGCGAUGCAAGCAGCCAUCAACAACGGCGAGUUCAUUGAGAACGCGGAGUUUUCAGGGAACAUGUAUGGGACAAGUAAAGCCGCCGUGCAAGCCGUCCAGGCAAAGAACCUCAUCUGUAUACUUGAUAUUGACAUGCAGGGCGUGAAGAACAUCAAAAAGACGGACCUCAACCCCAUUUACAUCUCCAUUCAGCCACCGUCCAUGGAGACUCUGGAAAAGCGUCUGAGAGACAGAAAAACCGAGUCAGAAGAGAGCCUUCAGAAGCGUUUAAACGCAGCCAAGGUGGACAUUGAGUUCAGUAAAGAGCCAGGGGUGUUUGAUGUCAUUGUCAUCAAUGAUAGCUUGGAGGAUGCUUACGAGAGGUUAAGACAGGCCCUUCUUGGGGAAAUCAGCAAGGUCAAGAAAGUCAACCCGUCUUUGUAGGAGAAAGCAGCCUCCUGUCGUUCUCUCCGUCUCAUCCAGCCACUCCUCGUGAAACCACAGACUUCCAUUCAAGCCAUGUACAUUCCCUCAGAUGGCCUGUAAACAGUUCACUUUAUUACAGCUAUAAACACGUAGGUGUCACUCUGCGUUUAGAAUCGGUAACUAUUUUUGAACUAAUGGGGGACUUUUUAAGAUGUUUUAUUUAUUUUUUGACAUGUAUGAAGAAAAAGAUGCUCCAAUAAUUCUUACUUGAAGUGUGACUGCUAGUCGUCCGUGAGACGGAGAUGGCUGCAGUCAAGUGGGCUCACCAAACCGGAUUUGCAAAACUCAUUCCAUCAUGUGGACGAACUGGUUCACCAAGGGCAGGAAAUAAACACCUUUGAUAGAGUUGAUUAACCAAACUGUGCAUCUGUUUUGUGUUAUUUUAUGUGCUGCCCCUCUGUGUUGACGGGAGAGUUGAUCACCCGGAAACAUUAAAGAUGUGCAGGUUACAGUGAGAGUUGAAAACUCAAACCUAUUUCUGGAAAAUGUGAUUGUUUACUUUAUGAACUGCAAGAACUUUUCAGACCGUGAAAUUAUUCCAGUGGUGGUGGAUUAUUUUCUCAAAGAUUUGUUUUAUUAUAUUAAAUACAUUUUUUUUUGUAUUUUUGUGCUCAUAGAUCCCAUUAUAAAGAUGCAAUGUUUGCUUAGAAAAACAUUACAUACAUUCUCCUACAUUGUGUAGACUUGUUAUUUUGCUUUGAAGAAGACAGAUAAAUUAAGCAGCUGAUUGUAAAUUUAUAAUUUUUAUAUUGCAUAAUUUGCUCACUUACCAGCUGUACUUGUCCAGUCACGACAUUCAGUGGACUUAAAUAACAAAGGAUAAAAUAUGUUCCUUAUUCUUUACCUUGACUAAAAAACACAUGAAAUUGUAAGUAAACAUUUAAAAAGUACGCUUUUGUAAAUUGCCAUGACUUUUGUGGCACUGAAAAAGUGCAUUUAAGCACCAUGUGACAUCCAUAUUUUUCUUAAGUCCAUCAAAUGUUUAAUAGCAAUCCUAUGUUACACAUUUAAACCUAAAUAAAAAUGUUAAAACCA